CGCUUGUUACAAACACCCACCAUCAAGUUGAACUUCUACUCGUUCUCGUCUCCGCUCAUUCCUACAGCGUGCUGUUCGCAUCUUCACCUUGAGCUACUUUCUGACCCGCGCACGGUCUAUGCAAAUUCAGUCUUGUUGCCGACAGAGCGCUUACAACGAAUCGACAUCGCGUACUCCCUCGUCUGCCCUGUCCCAAUAGACCUGGUCCAAUUUCGCGCGCGCUUCAUAUAGCACGGACUCUUCUCUUACGCAUUGAUUCUGAACACUCACGUUGGGCCUGAUGCCACAAGAGGCCGAUAACGAAGGCCCCAGUACGUCUGUCAACGAGCAUUCCGACCUCAAGAAGAGGAGGGCAGACAAGGCCUGUGACUUCUGCAGAAGAAGAAAAAGUCACGGCUGGCACUUGGCCUUACAAUUAAAAGGUGAUGGCGACAAGCCGUCGCGGAAGACGUGUUCUAAUUGUUCCAUGAACGGCUUGCAAUGCACUUACGGUGACACGACGAAGAGGCCAGCCGCUAACAACAGCUACAUACAAAGUCUGGAGAAGCACAAUGAGGAACUGGAACAGCGCAACAAGGUCUUGGAAGAGCGCGUCAAGGAGCUGGAGGGAACCCUUGACCGUCAUAAACUCUUGUCGCCGAGUACCGUCGUUGACAACCCCGCACCCGCUUUCGCCAAAGACUCGUCAAGUCAGGCUCCUCUCAAGUUUUCUCAAGUGAACGUGACGAAGGAGCAGUUGCGCGAGAUGGCUAGCGUCAUGCUUCGUAUAGGCACCCAAGGCCGCGAGCAUGCGUUCUUCAAGGCGCAGGCGGCCGGUGCAGAGUCAGGCGAACUCGAACUUCAGGAUGAAGAUCUUUACGAGCGCAUGCGCCUCGUCAAACUCAGCAGCUCAGCAUUCGACCAAUUCUUGGGCAACAAAUUUCUGGGCAAGAGCAGCACUGCGCAUCUCGUCCUGAAGCUCAUCAACCUCAAGAAACCUCCGAACGAACCACACAAGAUCCCCUCAUUCUACUCAAACGGGCGCCGUACCCCAUUUUGGACUGCGCAACCAUGGGAGUGCGCCCUUCUCAAGAAGGAGCCGACGUCCCAUGAUUUCCCGGAGCAAGACCUGAUGCACUCGCUCAUCGACCUGUACUAUCGUCAUGUCCAGCCCUUCUUCCCUUUGCUUCAUCGACCAACUUUCGAACAAGGCGUUGAGGCUUCCCAGUACUUUGGCGAUCAUGAUUUUGGCGUCGUCGUGCUCCUUGUCUGCGCCCUCGGCGCACAGUACUCGGACGACCCUCGGACCCUUUCUGAGGAGUAUGAUAUGGAUACGCACUCGCGAGGGUGGAAGUGGUUCUCGCAAGCGGAGAAGGUCCACAAGCCUAUAGUUGGCACGCCGACACUACUGGAAAUACAGGCGUACUGUUUGUCUGCGUUGUUCAUGCUGCCUGCAUCCAACCUCAUGACGGAGCACAUCUGGGCGCGCAUCGGUGUCGCCUUGCGGUAUGUCCAAGACGUUGGUGCCCAUCGACGGCCAAGGCAAAAGGUUCCGACUGUCGAGGAUGAGCUCUGGCAUCGUGCGACCUGGAGCCUCGUAGUGUUGGACCGAAAUAUCAGCGCUCUACUGGGCCGGAAUUGUGCCAUGCAGGACGAAGACCUCGACAUUCGCUAUCCCAUGGACGUCGACGACGAGUACUGGCAUGACGCAGACGACGCAGAACGGUCUUGGAAGCAGCCCGCGAAUAAGCCGUCGAAGGUCUCCUGCUUCGUCGCGUGCAUCAAGCUCUCACGCAUCGUCGAGAUCACUGCACGGCUCCUGUACGGUGGCAGCAAGUACGGCUGCCCAAGUCUUUUCUAUGGCGAAGGCUGGUAUCGCGAUGUGGUUCAAGAACUUGACUCCGCGCUGAACAAGUGGCACGACGAUCUACCGAAGCACUUGCGCUGGGACCCAGAGCAAUUCGACCCGGGGCUCAUGAACCAGGCAGCAUUUCUGGAUGCUUCUUACCGAGCGGCGCAGAUCUUGAUUCACCGGCCUUUCCUCACCGCUCAAGCUCAAGUGGUCAACUCGCCACUUCCGUCGCUCACUAUAUGCACGACGGCGGCGAAAACAUGCGCGCACGUCUUGGAUCAACAAAGACGGAAGACGGGUGCGGGGUUGCCUUACAUUAUGGUGCGCAUCGUCUCCUCGUUGCAUUCGAUUCGGUUCUUAGCGCUCGCACAGUAUACGGCCUCGGUGUCGGCCAUAAUAUUGCUUGUCAGCAUGUGGAGUCGUGCGAAGCCGCGUUCGAGCCGGGAACAGCUGAAGGAGCUGAACGACGUUCAAUUGCUGAUGGAAUACAUCAAGAGCAUGGAGGAUCGCUGGGUCACGGCCGGCCGCACGGCGGACGUGCUCAACGAGCUACGCUCAAUCGGUGACGCGCCCAACUCGCAACUCGGCAAGCGCGCGCACGACGGGCCUACCGAAGAGCGGCCCGGUUACCCAAAGCCUCCGCCUGCAGACUGGCAAGCUGGACCAUCGCUCCCUUCUGCUGCAAUGCAGACGCACUUGAGGAUGGAGUCCCAUCUGCCCACCGCGAGUCCACACAACGGUAUCAGCCCAAGUGGGUAUCCUCCAGUUGACAUUGCCGGAGAUGGCUCGUGGGGUAUGCCCGUAUCGAGUUCGUCUGGGCAGACUUCGAGCACGAAUACGGAGGACCUUUAUUCGGCGUGGUCUUUCGGCGACUUAGCGACAGCGCACGACCAGGAGACAGGCGACUUAGGUGCAGGCACGACCGACCUUGCGCCAAAUAUGAUGGAUCAGGAUAGCAUGGCCAUCUGGUCUUCUGUGCCACAAGCCUUUGAUCCAAACGAUUGGCUAUCUUAUCUAUCCAGCCUGUCAGAUAUGCCAGACGACCAGAAUGAUAGCCAAAGUGUACACGAUAUCAACCAGGCCUCCUCGCUGCCCUACGUCUUUCCGGAGGAAAGUGGUGUGUAUUCGUACGACAGUGCCCAGGAUUAUCGCCUGUAAUGUAGCGUACGAGGAUGUAUUGCAUACAAAGGAACAAUUUCUUAUACUUCUGGAAACUGUC